UGCAGCUUGCGGAGCAGCUGGUGCCGGCAGCUGGUGCUUCCCGGCCGCCCGCCGUGCUGGGGGCUGGCAGGGCCGGCUCAGCCGCUGACGUAUGUUCAGGACAAUCUGAGCGAUGACAAAGUUUUUCAUCCGGCUGCCUGCAGUUCCCUCCGCACCGCCCCUGCGGCUGCGGGGAGGGGUAUGGGCCUCGUGGGUCCCCCGGGUGCCGUGGGAAGCGCUGGGCAGUCGGCUUGCCGAGCCGAGUUGUACACACGGCUGGGACCGUGCGAGGGGCUCGGCCGCGCUCGGAUGGGGCUCCGGCUCCCGCUGCGCCGCAGCACCAGCUUCACCCCCGACCACCCUGCCCUCAUGGAGGUGCCUGGCCCCACUGCCCCGCUGAAGAUGGAAGCAAACGUCCUUGUCAUGGGAGCAGACAACGUGGGGAAAUCAGCUCUGACCGUGCGUUUCCUGACCCGGCGCUUUAUUGGAGAGUACGGAGACAUGGAAUUCAUCUACAGCCACAACCUGACUGUGGAUGGCCGAGAGAUUCUCUUACACAUCUGGGACGUCCCCAGUUCCCAGGAGCAGGCAGAGGAUGGCUCCUCAGAGGAGAAGCGAAUCCAGUGGGCAGACAGCUUCGUCCUGGUCUACAGCAUCUGUGACCGUGCCAGCUUCAACAUCCUGCCCCUCAAAAUCCAGUUCAUCAAGGCUGCCAAGGAGGGGCAGAGCCAGGAGAAGGUGCCCAUUGUCAUUGUGGGCAACAAACGGGACCUGCACCACCAACGGGUGGUGUCCAGCGAGGAGGGGCGGCUCCUGGCCCUCUCUUUAGACUGUGGUUUCUAUGAGGUCUCUGCAGCUGAGGCUUAUCACGGGGCCCUCAUGGUCUUCCAUGGACUGGCCAAGCUCAUCCCAGACACCAAGCUGUCCCUGAAGAAGGGCACAGGGAUCCGUGGCAUCGUCAAGACCAUGUCGGCUGUGUUUGGCCGAAAGCGAACAGACUCCCUCUGAGCUUCUGCACGGGUGUUGUGGCUCUCUGUGCUGCCCAGCUGGGCCAGGCCUCCUCACUGGGUGCCCAUGGAGAUGGUGUGUGUCUUUCCAUAAGUAUGACGGGUUCCUUGCUGUCCUCCUAGUGCCAGGGUCUGGGUGUCCUGCCAUGCACAGCCAGUGCAGCUGAGGACUGUGGUGGGUUACUCUUGGCUCUGCCAUGGGACAGUCUCAUCUCUUUGCUGUACCAGCUCUUUAGGUGCCUCCUGCUUUCUCCUUACAUCCUCCAACACUGGAAACCACGGGGGGAUUUUGCCAAAACUCCAGGCAGCAGCAUCCCCAGCUCCUGCAGCAGGAGCUACCCAGGCUGUCAGCAAUUAGGGAGGAUAUCCUGCUCUUGUACAGCACACGACUCCCUGUCUCUCCACUCCUACUCUGGGAUCCUUAUUCCUGUUUAACCCUCAUCAGGAUCCUCUUCAGUAACCCUGGAGCACCCAUGAGCUGGAGAGGUGGGGCUUUCUCCGUGGGGAGGCACUCCCACCUGGGUAUCACCGUGUGAGUGUCCCAGAGCCCAGGGCACCGGCGAUCCUGGGGGACUUGGUGAGGGCUGGGGUGCCUCCCAUCCCCCUGCCGUGCUUUUGAACAGCCGUGCUCACGGCCCUCUCCCCCACAGCCUUUCAGCGAUCACAGCCGCUUCCCUUGUGCGGGCGAGCGCUGUACAGGCUGUGCCUGGGAAAAGCCAGGCGCGGGGCUCGUUCCCAGGAUGGGAAUUGCACCACGCGCCUUCCCAAGCCACUCCUUCUGUAGGGCUGCCUGUCCCCGGGGAGGAAAGGAGGUGGGGAAAGGGGUCGCUGGGCUCCUUGCUGAACCCUCUGCUGCUGGGAGGCUGGCUUUUCCCUGCCUCUCCCAAACCCUUCUCUUUGUGCCCUGGGAAAGCAGUGUAUUGGAAGAGGGUUUGUGCGUGCUGUAGGGACACUGAUUUCU